GUCCCCCUUUUCUUUGUUUUAUGUGAUAAUAAAAUUAAAAACUGUGUCGUCCCAGAGAGCUUACAAAUUUAAAAAAACAACAACAAACUAUUAAAAGUAGACACUGGUCCAUUCACUGUAUGAAUGGCUGUUAGAGGUCCGAAUUAAAUUUAAAAAUAAAACGUCAUUUUGCCCUUUGAAAUUGCCGUCAGGGGUUGAAAAUACCCCCAAGGUCAAAAAGCGUUGAAAAACGUGUGGGAGUAAGUUUAAAAGCCAUACAAACUAUGCAGAAUUAAAUAUGAACAGUUUCUUAAUGCUUUGAACCAUUAAUCGCACUGAUGAAUUGCGGGGAUUCGUUCAACUGUAUAGAAAUCCUAAAAUCUUAAUCAUUGUCAAGCGAGUUCUGAACGGUUCGACCUCCCGCCUCAGUGCAGAUGCUACAGAUCGUUAGAAUUGCUUAAAUUACCCCUUAAAACCUAACAGUAGUAUAUUCCAUACAAUGAUGAAUUACUUUUAUAUAAUUAGGAGGCGAUGUGCAAUGCCGUAUUGAGGCAAUGCAUCAUGGGACGCUCAGACCUCGCCUAAGAAUCUUUACGUUUUAAAGAUUUUUUUUGUUUGUUUAAGGUUAGCAGUAGUUCAGUGAUACUUUUCUGCACACGUCGUGUUGCAGAUCAAAAAAAUCUGUUUAUGGUUAAUUCGGCUUUAAUAAUUCUUCUAAACGACUACUUUUUUUUUAAUGUUACCACAUAGCAAAAGAUGGAUAUCAGCAUAUACGAAUAUAUUAACAUACACCUCUAUGACCCAGUAUGGAUUUAUUUUCAGUAGCUUUUGAAGUAGUUUUUGAACUUGAACAAACUCCCUUUUAAAAUUUUAAAUGUUUAUAUUUUUGCAUUGUAUGCUUUUAUUUUCAAAAUAUUCUCAAACUGACCUCCACGGUCUUAUAACCGUGUAUAAAUAUUUGCAUUUUAAUGGCUUCUAUGGCAACAAUUUACUGAAGGUGGUGUCGCGCUUCCGGGUUGAUCCACCUGACGAGCACGGGACGUGACGUCACGCAGGUGGCAGUCUCUCCGUCUCCGCUCAGAGAGGAGUAGAAGGAGUGAUUGAGGAAAACGCCGAAUUCUUGGACUUUAUGGAUCCUGCGGGCGUGAUUCAGACUCGGUGCAGAGUUUAGGGAGAGUCGUUUGUUUGUUUGUUUUUUCUUGUUAUGUUUUUCUCCAAACUGACCGUCAGCGAGUCGCGACUGACUCAUAAAAACACACCCGAUAUAUGUCUAUAUCUAUAUCUAUAUCUUCAAUAGUUUGUUUGUGUUUUGUCUUCAGAUUAUGGAGUCUGCAGAUGGUCAGCGGGGGCGGGACGGCAGUGGCAGCAGGUGGAAAGGUUCCCCACUUGAUGUGAUCAUGAGUCAGAUCCGCAGGAAGCGCACGGCCUCAGACAGGAAGCCGUUAGGACGCUUCCUGUCGUGGACCUCGGACCGGCCGGGGAUCCCCGAGGACGGAGAAUCGGAGAUGAAAGAGGACAGAGGACCGAACUCAGGCUUUGCAGCGUCAGCAGAGAGUGAGCGGGACGUCGGCUGGGGUCGAGUGUGUGUUUUCUUGAAGAGACUCGGGAAGAAAGCCGACAGCAGGAGCCUCAGUUUGGCUCACUGUGAUCUGACGGCUACAGACCUGCUGGAGCUUGCAACGUUGCUGCAGUUCCUCCCCCAGGUGGAAGAGAUGGACAUCUCCUGGAACGAGUUGAUCGGUGGAUCCCUGACGGCUCUGACGUCUCAUCUGCAACACGUGGGCGAGGUCAGGACACUGAGGCUCUGCAGCUGCAGGCUAAAUGGCGAAGACGUCGUUGCUCUUGGUGAAGCUCUCAGCUACAUCCCGGCUCUGGAAGUUCUUGAUUUGUCCUGGAACAGCGGCGUUGGGGGCGGUGGUCUGCAAGGCCUGCUGGGAAACCUUCACCCAUCACUGAGGGAGCUCCACCUGGUGGCCUGUCAGCUCACUGCGGCCGAUGCUACAGUGCUAGGAGGAAUGGUGGCUGCUCUGCCCAGACUCUGUGUGCUGGACGUCUCUUGUAAUGCUCAGCUCACACAGGAAGUGGACACUGGUGGCUUCAGGGAAUUGGUCAGCUCUCUCUCUCACGCCACCUCCCUCACCACGCUUCGACUGCAGGCCUGCGGUCUAACGCCUGACAGCCUUGAUGCUCUCGGUGGUUCACUCCGUUGCCUCCCCUCUGUGGGAGAGCUGGACCUGUCCUGUAACAAACUUCUAGCUGGUGGACUGAGCCGCCUCACCUUUCACCUGGCUCACGUCACACACCUGGAGAGACUCGACCUCCACCUGUGUUGCCUCACGCAAGAUGAUCUAGAGGCUCUGAUCCAGGUGCUGCCCUCUCUCACUGCACUGACCGAGCUUGAUGUGUCAUCCAAUAAGGAAGUGGGAGGUGUGGUCCACCUGCUGGUCUCCGCCCUCCCUGUGACACAAAUGAGGCGGCUGCCAUUCAACAGCUGCUACAUGAGCAACGAGUCCUUCACUGCUCUGGCCCUGGCGGUGUCCUAUCUGCGCACGGUGGAUAUUUCCUGGUGUAAAGUGGUUGGCGGUCACUUGGCGCUCCUGCUGGAUGCUCUGCAGCCAUCAGUCGUCAGCGAGCUCCGUCUUUGCAGCUGCGAGCUCACCACUGAUGACAUGCAACAUCUGGCUGCCGUGUGCAGACGGGGCUGUCUCUCCUCACUCCGUGCACUGGAUCUGUCCUACAACAGCUUGGUGGGAGACAACGGUUGGUGCAGUCUGUUUGCAGCAGGAGGUCUGGGCUCUCUGGAAGACGUGGAUGUCAGUUUGCGACCUUCAACCUCUGCUCCGUGCUCAGCCUGGCUGCCCGCUCUGCUCCGAGCUCUGCCUCAAAUGCCGGCGCUGGCUCGACUGGCCAUGCAGAGGUGGACAGCUGACUGUCAGGAGAGAGAGCAGCUGAGGUACUGUCUGAAGAAGAGGAGCGUCCUGCUGGAAUGGGAUCCAGAUUUACAAGACACAUCAUCAGCAUGUAAAGGGAACAGUCAGGAGAGCCUAGAAGAGAGUCAGCCUGAGGAGUAG